AUGCAACCAGGUGACGUGAUUGGGUGUCACUUGGAUCUCACCUGUCGUCUUCCUGUACUGUUUGAAUCAGAUACAGAUUCAUCUACUCGUGACGCUGACUCUACUAGCGAUACUAGCAAAGAAACUGCUAAUUCCUCCGUUUGUCCGGGGUCAAUCGUUGCUCUCGCCUAUUGGUCCCGAAAUGGCCGCCUUCUGACAAAUCAACGCUUGAGUAUGAACUUAAAUCGGCCUAAACCCUCACCCGAAAACUGCAUGGCAAAUCAUAUUUGUCGUAAUAUUUCGGCCGAUAAAAAGAGGCUUGAUAAAUUGAAAAGUAAUUCCAUUCAGCAGCCUCUGGCUAAAUGGAGGUAUGCAAAACGCGAUAAAAGUAGGAUAACAUCAUUAAGGCCUUGCUGUUGUAAGAAGGAAAACAUGGGUGAAUCAAAAGAAAUAGGUGGUAUUAGGAAAAAAAUUAAUUUUCAAAAAGUUGAUACUAACUGUCCGGAGGGCGUGAAAUUCCGUUCGAAAGAAGGUAUAAUGGACAAAGAACUAGAAUUCACAGACCUUCGGUUAAGUGAAGUGGAAGAUGGAGACAAUUUAAACGGAUCCGCUUCAGAUUCCUGGCUACCUGCACAAGACUCGGAUUGCUUAGCGUAUGGAUGCCAUGGUACUCGUCUUGAUAGGCCGGCAUACAUCUGUCUUCCAGAAUACUUGUCUAAUGAGAUCUUCUUUCCCGCCUGUUCACUAAAGGUGAGUGGUUUAUAG